AUUUGCAUUGAGAAUGUUUUUGACGAUAACGUCGACAACAUUUCAUGUUAGCUCAGUGCUAAAGUAAGUUAGCAAACGGCAGCAUUAGCCUACGAACUGGCAUCCAAAGGUCAGAGAAAUUUCCUGUAUAUUGCUAGAUAUACCAGCAACGGCGACAACUUUAAAGUUCCUGCAUCAAUAAGCAGAAAAAAAUAGCUUGUUUGACUUUGAACAGAUUUGUGUUCUAGCACCUUCGCCAUAAGAUGGCGUGCAUGCACAAGACGCGGACGAGUGCUCUGAGGCCACGGACGACUGUCACAUCGACGCCCUCUGCCAGAACACGCCCAAGUCCUUCAAGUGCAUCUGCAAGCCCGGCUACAAGGGGGAUGGGAAACAGUGCGAAGACAUGGACGAGUGUGAUAAUGACUACAACGGGGGCUGUGUCCACGAGUGCAUCAACAUCCCCGGCAACUACAGGUGCACCUGCUACGACGGCUUCAUGCUGGCGCACGACGGCCACAACUGCCUGGAUGUGGACGAGUGCCUGGACAACAACGGCGGCUGCCAGCAGGUCUGCGUCAACACCAUGGGCAGCUACGAGUGCCUGUGCACCGAGGGCUUCUUCCUGAGCGACAACCAGCACACCUGCAUCCACCGCUCCGAUGAGGGGAUGAACUGCAUGAACAAGGACCACGGCUGCGCCCACAUCUGCCGGGAGACGCCCAAAGGGGGCGUGGCCUGCGAGUGCAGGCCCGGGUUCGAGCUGGCCAAGAACCAGAGAGACUGCACCCUGACUUGUAACUAUGGAAACGGAGGCUGCCAGCACACCUGCGACGACACGGAAGUGGGGCCCGUGUGCGGCUGCCACCAGAAGUACGCCCUGCACUCGGACAGCAAGACCUGCAUCGAGAGAGAUGAGGCUGCAAUUGAGAGCUCAGAGUUCAAUGCCACGUCACUAGCUGAUGUGGACAAGCGGGUGAAACGGCGGCUGCUCAUGGAAACCUGUGCGGUGAACAAUGGCGGGUGUGACAGGACGUGUAAGGACACGGCCACCGGGGUGCGCUGCAGCUGCCCCGUGGGAUUCACCCUGCAGCCUGAUGGGAAGACCUGCAAAGAUAUAGACGAGUGUCAGGAGAACAACGGGGGCUGCGAUCACUCCUGCAGGAACACGGUGGGCAGCUUCGAGUGCAGCUGCCAGAAGGGCCACAAGCUGCUGACCGACGAGCGCAGCUGCCAGGAUAUCGACGAGUGCUCCUUCGAGAGGACGUGCGACCACACGUGCAUAAACUACCCGGGCAGCUUCGAGUGCGUGUGCGAGAGAGGCUACACGCUGUACGGCCUGACGCACUGCGGGGACGUGGACGAGUGCAGCAUCAGUAACGGCGGGUGUGAGCAUGGCUGCGUGAACACGCUGGGCAGCUACGAGUGUGUGUGCCCGCCCGGGCACAAGCUGCACUGGAACAAGAGGGACUGCCUCGAGGUGGUGAAGUGCCUCCCCAGCGGAAAGCCCGCCCCCAGAGCCCAGCUGAGCUGCGCCAAGACGGGCGGGGCGGAGGUGUGCUCGCUGUCCUGCCCUUCCAACGCCCUCUUCACCACAGAUUCGGAGAACAGCUACACGCUCAGCUGCGGAGUCCCGGUGCAGUCUGGGAAGGUGCCGCAGAAGAGGAACACCACCGCCACCGCCACCAUCCUCAGCUGUGCAGAGAGCCUGGCUCCGCCCAUCAAGCAGAAGGCCCGCUUCAAGAUCAAAGACGCCAAGUGUCACCUGAAGCCCCGCAGCAAGGAGAAGCACCGGGACGCCCCCAGACAGAGCCUGCCAGGUGGCCAGUUCCCAUGCACGGACGACUGUCAUGUGACCUUCGUCAACCUCAAGUGCGACUCGUCCAAGAAGCGGCGCCGGGGGCGGAAGUCCCCCUCCAAGGAGGUGUCCCACAUCACGGCCGAGUUCGAGAUGGAGAUGAAGGAGGAGGAGGCCUCAGGUCAGUCCAUACAGGACUCCUGUAACAUAGAGUGCGUGCGGGAGAAGAUGAAGCAGAAGCUGCAGAUGGCCAUGCGGACACUCAGGAAGUCCAUAAACAAGCAGCAGUUCUACAUCCAGUUCUCGGGCACUGAGUACGAGGUGGCCCAGAAGCCCUCCCGGCUUCCGGAAAACCAGGAGACCUGCAGCACUGGCCAGGUCCUGCGGGGCGGCAAGUGUACCAGCUGCAGCGUGGGAACCUUCUACAGCGGAGAGCAGGAGCAGUGCGUGCAGUGCCCCCCCGGGACCUACCAGGACACCCCGGGCCAGCUCACCUGCGAGCCCUGCCCCAGCACCGACAGCCAGGGCAUCGCCGGGGCCAAGAACGUGUCCGAGUGCGGGGGUCAGUGCCCGCCGGGGCAGUUCUCCGCGGACGGGUUCCGGCCGUGCCAGCCCUGCCUGCUCGGGACGUUCCAGCCGGAGCCGGGGCGGGUGCUCUGCUUCCCCUGCGGGGGGGGGCUGAUGACCAAACACGAGGGAGCCGUCUCCUUCAGGGACUGCGAGGCCAAGGUGCACUGCGCCCCCGGUCACCACUACAACUCCACCACCCACCGCUGCAUCCGCUGCCCCGCGGGCACCUACCAGUCCGAGUUCGGCCAGAACUACUGCAUCACCUGCCCCGGGAACACCACCACCGACUUCGACGGGGCCACCAACGUGUCCCACUGCAAAAACCAGCUGUGCGGGGGCGAGCUGGGGGACUACACGGGCUACAUCGAGUCGCCCAACUACCCCGGGGACUACCCGUCCAACGUGGACUGCAUCUGGAACAUCAACCCGCCGCCCAAGAGGCGCAUCCUCAUCGUGGUGCCCGAGAUCUUCCUGCCCAUGGAGGACGAGUGCGGCGACGUGCUGGUCAUGCGCAAGAGCGCACUGCCCACCUCCAUCACCACCUAUGAGACGUGCCAGACCUACGAGAGGCCGAUCGCCUUCACCUCCCGCUCCCGCAAGCUGUGGAUCCAGUUCAAGUCCAACGAGGGCAACAGCGGCAAGGGCUUCCAGGUGCCCUACGUCACCUACGACGAGGAUUACCAGCAGUUGAUAGAAGACAUUGUUCGAGAUGGAAGACUAUAUGCCUCUGAAAAUCACCAAGAAAUAUUAAAAGACAAGAAAUUGAUCAAAGCACUCUUCGACGUGCUGGCUCACCCUCAGAAGUACUUCCAGUACACGGCCAAGGACAUGUUCCCCCGGUCCUUCAUCAAGCUCCUGCGCUCCAAAGUCUCCAGGUUUCUACGGCCGUACAAAUAGUCCGGCACCGCCCCCCGCCUCCACGCCCCGCCCCCUGCCCCCGCCCCCACCCCCCCAACCCCCCAAUCCAGCGCUCCUGUACGCAAGCCCACCUCCCAAACCCCGCCCCUCUUCCCCCCCAGCUUCCUCCAGAGGAACAGGAAACGGUCUCUCCCCCUCAGUCUUUCGUUUGCAGUCCUUGUUUUGACUUUAAAGAUUUUUCCCCACAUACGAUUUUUUUGCCAAGGAAUAUUUAUAUGCUAGAACUUGCAGUCCCAUAUCGUGGAUGUUUGGUAUGUGUGUACGACUGUACGUGUGUGUGUGUGUGUGUGUUCAUAUGUGUGUGUGAAUGUAUAUAUGCACAGUAUGCAUGUGUACAUUAAUACGUGUGUACAUAUACAUCCUUCAUUUGUUUUUUUUUAGACCCCUUAUGUGCACAAGAUUGAGUUUAUAAAUUGAUUAGUGCACUUCAUUUUUUAUUUUUUUUAUUGUUUUACAAAUGGGAAAAUGAGAAUGAUCUAGAAUCCAGACCCAUUUCACGUCAUCCUGUGCUUUUUCAAUGAAAGAACGGGAACUAUUUGGUUGCGCAAAAAGAAGUCUUUAUAGAUUGUAAAAAUAAAAAAAGAGACAAAAAGGUUAAAAAAGGAACUACCUGCAAAGUAACAUAAGUUACAAUAGAUAUAAAUGUAUGUGAUGUAACUAAUAUUUGGAACUUUAAUUGCACUUGAAUUUUAUAUUGUAAACUGUAGAGAAAAAAAAUCUAAGUUACAUUUUCCUAAUGUUUGUGUUGUAUAGAAGUUUAUCACCUUGGUUGUAGAAAACCAGGCUCCGCUCAGCCACACCCUUUCCAUACGAAACGUAACCAGGACAACGCUUCCAUUCUCUCACACGCAGAGCUGCGUUUUUAAAGCUGUGUUUGCGUGCACGCACACGUGUGUGUGCGUGUGUCUGUGUGUGUGCAUGUGUGUGUGCGUGCGCGUGCACGUGCGUGUGUGCGUGUGUGUGCAUGCCCUCACCUUUACAUUUUAAGACCUAAUUUGGUCUUCCUUUGUAGACUUUGUUUUUUUUUUUAUUCCCUAUUUUAUUUCUCCUCCCCCUGGAGCAACCAAUCAGAUUUCUGUGCCGGCCCCUUCCCGGCUCCACCAUCCAAUAGUCAGGGAGUGCUGACUAGCAGGCCCGUCCUCCGCUCCGCGCACGGCCUCCCGUUCACCGCGUCUCUUCACUCCACCGUCCGGCGACCGAGCCAGAGGGGUCCGCUUUGCGUGGGGGGCGGGGGGGCGCAAAGAGACAGGAAGUGCCUCGCCGACAGGGACAGCCCUGAGAGACGGCGCAGCCAGUUCCUGUCCAGCUCACGGUGGGACUGCCUGCUCUGACUGGCAUCGAGUCGACACGGUCCCGGUUCCGCUCUGUGCCAAGAGCAGGCGAUUUAGCCGGUCGCGCUGCCCGAGGGGCCCGCUUUAAAACCUGCCAGAGAGAUGGAACAGCUGCUUAAGGUCUGUGGUGUGAUGGCGCAGAGCCCUGUACCUCUCACUCCGGCUGUACAGCCACGCUGAAAGGCCUUUUCAUUGGUAACGGCCAGUGCUGGGGCGUACCUUCAGGUUCUGCUAACGACAGGCUCGCCGUGCUUUAUCUUCAUGUAGUCCUAGCUGGUGGUUAUCAAUUAUAAAAAAAAACAAAAUGUCCUCUCCAUUACACAGUUUAUUUCUCUACCGUGAAAAUCUCAUGUCAAUGAAAAUAGCAUUUUCAGGAAAUACUGAAGACGAUAAUUAAAUUUGAUUGUGGUGUGCUUUACAGUUUCUGGAAAUUCGUAAAAAAAAAUAUAAUCUUAACACAAUUUAAAUAACGUUCAAAUGAAACUUCCUUUUUUUUUAAUAGCAGAGACUUAACGUGAUAGACAUUCUGGAUCAAUUGCAAUAUGCUUUGCUGGAGUUCAGGCUUCUGGUUUAAACCUCUAGACCACAGAACUGCAUGUCAACAGAAGCAGCUGUCCAAAGCUGUGGAAUAAGGAUGAGCUGUUCCAGUUGAAAUACGGCUCUGUGAGGUUUAAACUCCAGCUAAGCGCACUGCAGUUGACCCUCUGGGUCUGUAGGUGGUGCUCAAGCGUUGUGAGAGGUAUGUCCCUGCUGAGCAUGUCAUUGGACAGAGUCUGAGAGGGAGGGGCUACAGAUGUGUAUGAGGGUGCAGUGUUGACCCGGGUGAGACUGGAUUCCUAGUGUCUUGUGUCUUACGGGACCUCGGGGCUCCUGUGAAUCUGAAAAGCAUACUGUGACCUGAGUGUGUUGUGAAUGAGAAGGUCAACUUUUCUUUGUUUUUAUCUCCCCCCCCCCCCAAAAAAAAAACCUGUUCACCCACCCUGUCAACCCCCCAAACUCUCACUCUUUAACCACCUUAGCUCUACCCCCACUGGUCCAGCCGACCCCUGUUAAAUUGUCAGUACGUGGAUCUCACACUGCAGUGGUGUGUUUGUUACAAGAGCGUGUUCUUUGUGCGGGGCACAGAGGAGAUGCUCAUUGUGCUCCUGUCGUGUCGGGCUCUGCUAUAACAGUAUUUGAAAACGCCAUCUUGGACGGCGCGGACGAACGCGGCUUUAAUGAACAGCUCGCCAUCCUGAGUUUGAAUGUGAGCGUUGGCACAGUUUGGAGCGCGCCUCUAUGAAAGGUACUUGUGUCAGUAUCAGCACAUAUUUAUCAAGGUUUGAAGGUGACGUGGCUCAUUUUCUAGGUACGGGCUUAGCGGUCCUGCGUGUCCAUAUAAUCAAGAAUGAAACGCGUUCCAUUUCUCCUGAGAAUGAACUCUGUUGAGUUAUUUGAGGAGAGAGAGAGUGUGUGAGUGAGUGAGAGAAAGAAAGAGAGAAGACUGAACACCUGUGUAUUAAUCCAGUAGAUAUAUUGUAUGAAUGAUUGUCAUCAAGGCAUUGAAGGCAUGUUUAUGGUACCCAAAGAGAGAGAUUGGGUCAAAGGUUUGGAACAGUGUUUGGUCCAUUAAAUAUUGUAUUUGAGUAGGGGGGGCGGUAUUCAGAUAGAGCGAUGGCUGAUAAUAUGAAAGUCUUGUCAUCAUGUGUCCCUUAUUUGUCCUUUUUUUUUUGUAUUUCUUGUACAUCUUUUUUUUCUUUUUCUUUCUUUUGCCACUGCCCCCCUCGUGCAGACGCACAUUUCCCUGAGGGCGCACCUGUUUGUUACAAAUAGUUGAUGAAAAGCAUGUUGUAAUACAUCUUUGAGGCUGAUUCGUUUUUGAUUGACGCUCUCUGUGCUGUUCGGGUCUCCCCUGGUUUUAAUGGUUUAGAGACCGUGCCGUCACAUCUGUACUUCACCUGAACAGACAAAAAAAAAAAUACAAAAGAAAAACUCCAGACUGCCAGAACUCUUCAUUCUCUCCCAAACAUUCCUCAUGCCCCAGGAAUGCAGAAAACCCGGGCCCUUAUUUCAUUCCGACCCCUCAUCUCGUGCCGCCGUUGUCAUUCGUUGAAGUAGCUCGAACUGCUCCAGGGCGGUGAGAUGUUCUCCAGAUAACGGAUGUUAGCGCACUUCGCACACAACAACACGAUAACAGUGCCGCGUUAUUCAGUUGACAGACUAGAUUAGAUUCGUUUUUAUGAAAUGAUGCAAUCUGUUCAGAUAAUUGGUAAUGGGCAUGGGCUGAUUAUCACAGAACAAAGACAUUCCGUGAAAAUGAUUUUGGCCGGCGUUACAAAACAAAAUUUUUAUUUUAUUUUUUUAUUUUAUUUUUUUAAGUAAGCACUUAUUUUAUAAAUUUCUUUACAACUCUAAUCUCCAGCCUCUCUGGAGAGACUCCGGAAAUCUUCAGUUGCUUUUGUUUUCCGAGUCCACAGUAAUUCACGCGAAAGGUCAGCAAACCGCUUUAAACUGCUACCACCGGCCUCGUGCGUACUUAAUCUCCCGUGCGCGCCGCAGCAUCGCCUAGUCGUCUGCCUGUCUUUGGCCCAUAUGGUUGCGAAUCGACGUUCGCCUUUUCUUCUCUUCGGUGUUUGGUCCCCCCCCCUCCACGCAAACGAUGCACAUUGUCGUCUCUGGUAGCUUAUAAAUCAAGAACUUCGUCGUAUUAAACUUGGUGUGCCUUUUGCGUUCUGCGCCAUGCCAUGCGUAAACAUUUUUCGGAUGUCCGUACCUGCUUAACGAGAGCUGAAUUGCGCUGCGCGAAAUGCGCAUCGGUGCUCAAAUGAAGUUAUUUUGUGCAGAAAAGGCCCUUUCGAGUACAGCUACUUGGUUUUUUCUUAAUAACCUGCGACAGAUAUUAACACAUUUCAGUUCACUGAACAAAUAUAACCGGUAUGGAUCUUUCAGGGGUCCAGGGACCAUCUUUGUGUUGCCUUUGUGGUCCUAAUCAGAAUGUAUCACCCUUUCAGUUCAGAGUCCCGUCAUUGACCCCCCACCAUCACUCCACAUAAACAAUAUCAUCGCUGCAGGAAGAUCAAAAUCAAGACAUCAAUGUAGAUUGCUGCUGGUGACUUUGUAAGCUUUAUGGCUCCCAAUGUGUAAAUGAUGUACAAAUGUUAGCUAUUUUUUCCAGUUUGACUGUUAAGUUAAUAUUUACCUUGUUAGAAGGAUUAGCGAGGGAAAGGACCUGUAUUAUUAAAUAAUGCUUUUUAUGCUAUUGAUUUCGGUAUUGUCAUGUUUUUCUCUCAAAGUGAAAGGGAUUGUUGAAAUGUGUUCCUUGAGGCCUACACCAGAUGUAUAAGCCUGUCUCUCCAUGGGGUUUACUGUUGGUUCAUUUGCAACCCAAAGGGAAAUUUGAGGUAAAAUUCAAUUAAACCUAAACAGAGACAAAGAAGGUUGAUAAGAUAUUAUUGUUAAAAUCCCACUUUAAUAAUAAAUCUCCCAAACCUGGACCCUG